AUGCAAGCUUGGGGAGGAUUAAUGACUGCACGCGUCAAAGCCAAGGGAACAAAUGGAAUUGUUGUUGAUAGUCUUAUUCGAGAUUUAACUGAUUUAUCGUCCAAACACUUAAUGGUAACUAUAGUUGUUCGACCUGGAGAUAUAAUAUUUGGAUUUAGACGUUUUCAUGUGUAUCCACCAAAGACGGUUAUCGAAGAUUUAUACGGGAUUAAAAAAGCAUGUAAAAAAGGAAUUUCUUUGGUUAAAAUAUUUGCUAUUUAUAGAAUUAAGUGGUAA